AUGUGGUUUAUUGUAUUAUUGAUAUUUGAUUUGAUUUUUGCAAAAGCUAUUCAUUAUGAAACGAUACUUGGUUAUGAAUGUAAAACAAAUGAACAUUGUAGUGAUUUUGUGCCGAAUUCAAUAUGCUUUAAUCAUAUAUGUGUAUGCCAAUUGGGAUAUCAAUCGAAUGGAGAUUUUCGAUGUGUUUAUAAAGCCCGUGCACGUCGACAAGCUAAUUUUGGAAUUCAAAUUCAAAUGCUAGGGGAACCAUGCGAAUCAAAUGAUGAAUGCCGUCGAACACCAGUUGAUGGAACAAAAGUAUGUACACAAAAGCGAUGCGAAUGUUCAUCUGGCCACGUACCCAUCGAUUCAUAUCGAUGUAUUCGAGAUUUUGCACCAGUAUCAGAAAAUGCACAAAUAACACAAUCAUCUCCAAUUGAAGAACUUCCUGGUUAUGGUUCAAUGUGUUUGAAAAAUCAAGAUUGUCAACAUACUACAGUUCUUCUCGAAUGUUUUCAUCAUACUUGUGUUUGUUUAGAAGGGUAUGUUCCAUUGGGAAAAUAUCUAUGUUAUAAUAUUCAUGGACAAGAUGCACCAUUUAUAGAAAGUUCAAGUUCAACUUCUACUCUUUCUACAACAACAUUAUCAUUACAUUCACCAGAUGAUGAAAUGGCUAAAUUUCUAGGCAAAAUAGGUAACACAUGUACAAAUGAUUAUUAUUGUCGACGAUCAGUAACACGAUCACAUUGUUAUAAUGGAAUUUGUUCAUGUAUGGAUGGUUAUAUGUCACUAGAUGCUUAUACUUGUACUGAAAGUACAAAUAUAGAUUCAAAAACAAGCGUAGCUAGUUAUAAAAGUUUGUUAGGCGGAAAAUGUACAACUAAUCGACAUUGUCAGACAUCAAAUGCAAUAUGUUUAAAUAAUAUUUGUCAUUGCCCACGUGGCUCUUUUCCUAUUGAUAGUUGGAAUUGUUUAGAAGAUCCAGAUGCAUCUAAUGAAGAAACAAGCCGAACGAUCACAACCAUCGAGACAACAAUAAAAACGACAAAAACGACAACAACAACAACAACAACAACAAAAACAACAACAACAACAACAACAACAGCAGCAGCAGCAGCAACAACGGCAACAACGGCAAUAUCAGCAACUAGUUUUCUUUGGUGGCCAUGGUCACCUUCCACAACAACACGUCAAUCAUUAAUUAAUUGGAAAAAUAUGUUUUCUUAUCGUUGUUUACUGAAUCGGCAAUGUAAUAUUAUGGAUAGAAAUUCUCAUUGUACAUCGUUUGGACGAUGUACAUGUAAUGUUGGUUAUACAUUAAAAAAGACUAAUAAAGGACAACAAUGUAUUCGAAAAAUAUUCGAAGACAAUGACUGUGACUAG